ACCCAAACCCUAAAAGGCGACGAAGUAAAAUCCGGCGAAGAUGGUUGCAGCGAAGAAGACGAAGAAGUCUCAUGAAGGAAUCAACAGCAGAUUGGCUUUGGUGAUGAAGAGUGGCAAAUACACUCUUGGUUACAAAUCUGUUCUCAAAUCUCUUCGCAGUUCCAAAGGUAAGCUGAUAUUGAUAUCUAGCAAUUGCCCACCAUUGAGGAGGUCUGAGAUUGAGUACUAUGCUAUGCUUGCUAAAGUUGGAGUUCAUCACUACAAUGGAAACAAUGUUGAUCUUGGUACUGCCUGCGGUAAAUACUUCCGUGUGUCAUGCCUCAGCAUAGUUGACCCAGGUGACUCUGACAUCAUCAAGGCACUUCCUGGAGACCAGUGAUUGAUUUGUGCUCAUUAUCAUUUUGCCCUCUUUAUCUACUUUAUGCGAAAGUAGUGUGUUUCUUCGUGAUUUCUUCUCUCGCCUAGAAUUGUCAUACUUGUUUAAGAUCUUUCAAGACUUUGUAGGUUGCCUUGGUUUCUAAACAAUUGUGAGCUGCGCAAGAUAAUAUGGAGGUCAAUCAAAUUGUCCAACAGCAAUUGAUUUGUCCUUCUUUCCCAAUCAAUACUCAAUAUUCCU